AUGCCAAUCCUCGGUCGUCAAUUGGUGCAACCCCGUCCUCAAGGAUUGCCUCCAUCGACACACAAAAUCACUCAACAUCUGCAACAAUGGCAUCAACAAAAUAAUAAUGGAAAAAACAAGGAGAAUCAAGAGCCAAAAAGAGGGAAAUCGAUCAUCUCGAAGCUUUUCAAGUUUUGCGGGAAACAGAAUUCCGUCCGGGAAAAAUCCUCUUUCUGCUCCCUAGAGGCGAAACGAGAACGAGCAAAGAAGAAGCAAAGAACUUCUCUUUCCUCAACGAUUUCACACAUCGAACCAAUGCCAACUAUUGUUGAAGAGGAGGAAGAGGAGGCUUUCAUCACAGUUUGC